UCCGCUGCACGAGGGGGCGCUGCUUGCCACAACUACCAUUUCUACGCCUUUUGACUCGCGUUUAGAGUGAGUUUUUAAAGUAUCCUAUCUGCAUCACAGACAAUUAGACGCUUGACUUCUCUUCGAAUUUGCCUAAAUGACGAAAAUAGACGUUAACUUGUCCCACGACCUCUUCGGAGAAACGUGUCUAAAUUUGUCGUAAAACCUGUUUCCAUGUCAGCGCGAACUUUAACCCAGUUGAAGACACGCGACUGGGGGGCAAGUUUAACAAUGUGACACGCCCUGUAGUUGUUUCCGAGCAUGAAACUUUAGUUAGAAAAGAGAAGCUUUAUUAUUCUCAUUUCUUUUAAUAUUUACCGACGUGAUCUGUAAACAUGUUAAUCCCUCCCAUCCAUCGCGGCUAAUUUGAGCCGAGAAUGAGGAGGGAGGCGCUCAAACUGGGCUAGCGAUCCAGACGCCACAUCUCAGCCAAUAAGAAGCAGAGUUGGCGCGCCGCAACCAAUCACAAAUCGGCGUCGGGUGCGCACUUACUUUGGACGACUGGCCGGGGCCAUGGACGGGACGGGUCGUCCCUUCGUUGAGAUCCCAAACUUUUAAACAGCCGUCUCUCGACACCACCCCGGACGGAGCCGCCCACUUGGACGCAGUCAUGGGAGAAAUCGAGGGGUCCUACCGGGUCCUUCAGACCCCGGGCACGAGACUGGGCGCCCAGUUCAAUGCGGGCAUUAGCACAUUGGAGCCAGGCCAGAGCCUCAGCACCAACGUGGUUGUGGUCGGAGGCACCCCUGGCAUCAAGGGUCCCGGUCGGGGUCUUCAAGUCCGCGUUCAGGGUCUGGACGAGUCCCAGGAGUUCUUCGAUUUAGACCCAAGAGCUUUCGGGCAGGAUCUUCUCUCGGAGGUGUUUCUGCGGGGGAACCUCAUCGAGAGCGAUUACUUUGGGCUGGAGUUUCAGAACAUGCAGUUGAACUGGCUUUGGCUGGAGCCCACCAAACUCAUUGUGAAGCAAGUCAGAAGACCCGCAAAUUCGAUGUUUAGACUGGCUGUGAAAUUUUUCCCCCCGGACCCUGGUCAGCUGCAGGAGGAGUUCACCAGGUAUUUGUUCUCCCUGCAGAUGAAAAGGGAUUUAAUGGAGGGACGCUUGAUCUGCACGGAAAACACCGGAGCCCUCCUCGCCUCUCACCUCGUCCAAUCUGAAAUCGGCGACUACGACGCGGCCGCUGACCGAGACUUCCUGAUGAACAAUAAGCUGCUGCCGUACCAAGAGAAGGUCCUGGAGGCCAUUGUGGACUUCCACCGCAAACACCUUGGCCAGACCCCCGCCGAAUCAGACUUCCAAAUAUUGGAGAUCGCACGCAAGCUGGAGAUGUACGGCGUGCGCUUCCACCCGGCGGCCGAUCGGGAAGGCACAAAGAUCAACCUGGCCGUGGCCCACAUGGGCCUUCAGGUCUUUCAGGGUCACACCAAAAUAAACACCUUCAAUUGGUCUAAGAUUCGCAAGCUGAGUUUCAAGAGGAAGCGCUUCCUGAUCAAGCUCCACCCAGAAGUUCACGGCCCACAUCAAGACACUCUUGAGUUCAUGAUGGGCAGCAGGGACCAGUGCAAGGUCUUCUGGAAGAUCUGUGUAGAGUAUCACUCCUUUUUCCGUCUUGUGGACCAACCCCAACCAAAACCCAAGACCAUACUUUUCACCAGAGGCUCUUCUUUCCGAUACAGUGGGCGGACGCAGAAGCAGCUUGUGGAAUACGUGAGGGAGAACGGAGCCAAGAGAACGCCGUAUCAGAGGAGGAACAGUAAAGUACAAACGUCGUCUCGCUCCUUUACCGUCGAUGUGCCAAAACAGAGCUUGUUGUUCAACGAUCGUCUCCGGACGCCGUGCUCCCAUCCCUCGUCCUCGGUGUCCUUCCUCUCACCGCACAUCUCCAGCGUGGUCAGCCCGCGAAAGGACCACCCGGCUCACCACCAUCCGCAGCGGCCGCCUUCACCCGCCCCGGCGUCCCCUCAACAACAGCAGCCGCAGCCUCGCGUCCCUCCGAAGGAAGAAGCCGUCAACGGCGGCAAUCCCCUGACUCACUACUCUUUGCCAGACAUGGCGCUGGACAGCCCCCACCUGUCCCGCGUCGAAGCCGCUGGCCCCCUUUCCCUGUCGCCCUCCUUCCAGAUGUCCACGCUCAGCCUGCCGGGCCAGGCCGCCACCAACGUUUCCUCGCCCCUGCAAAGCCCCAUCCUGAGCGAGGUGGGCAGCAAUGCCAGACUAGAGGAGGAGGAGGAGGGCAGGAGGAAGAGGUAUCCCGCCGACAAAGCCUACUUCAUUGCCAAAGAGAUUUUGACCACAGAGAGAACCUACCUAAAGGAUCUGGAAGUCAUCACUGUGUGGUUCCGCAGUGCGGUGAUCAAGGAGAACGCCAUGCCCGACGGCCUGAUGACGCUGCUCUUCUCCAACAUCGACCCGAUUUAUGAAUUCCAUCGCGGCUUCCUCAAGGAGCUGGAUCAACGGCUGGCGCUCUGGGAGGGCCGCUCUAAUGCUCACGUCAAAGGUGACUACCAGAGGAUCGGCGACGUGAUGCUAAAGAAUAUGUCUGCUCUCAAGGGCUUUACCGGCUACCUGCAGAAGCACGACGAGGUGCUGGCGGAGCUGGAGAAAGCCAGCAAGCGACUGAAGAAGCUGGAGACGGUCUACAAGGAGUUUGAACUGCAGAAGGUGUGUUACCUGCCACUCAACACCUUCCUGCUCAAGCCCAUCCAGCGCCUCAUGCACUACAAGCUCAUCCUGGAGCGCCUGUGCAAGCACUACGGACCGGCCCACCGCCACCACGCAGACUGCAAAGAGGCUCUAAAGGAGGUGGCGGAGAUCACGGCGCAGCUUCAGAGCAGCCUCAUCCGCCUGGAGAACUUCCAGAAGCUCACUGAGCUGCAGCGAGACCUCAUCGGGAUCGACAACUUGACUGCACCGGGGAGGGAGUUCAUACGAGAGGGCUGCCUGUACAAGCUCACCAAGAAGGGACUGCAGCAAAGAAUGUUCUUCCUGUUCUCAGAUAUUCUCCUCUAUACUAGCAAAGGCGUCACGGCAACCAACCAGUUCAAAGUCCACGGACAGUUGCCCCUCCAUGGCAUGAUUCUCAUAAUUCUGGACGCUCCGGUGGAGGAGAGCGAGAAGGAGUGGGCGGUGCCUCAUUGCUUCACCAUCUACUCCGCACACAGGACCAUCGUGGUGGCGGCCAGCUCCAAAGUGGAGAUGAGCAAGUGGAUCGAGGACCUCAACGUGGCUAUCGACUUGGCCAAGAAGUCUCAGGAGAAGUCCGGCAGCGUCUUUCUGGACGGAUGCCUCGCCGAUCACUCCAAUCGCUCUUCGGACGAGGUUUCCCUGGAGCAGGAGUCCGAAGACGACAUGAACUCGUCGCGCACAUCUCUGGACAAGCAGAGCCACCAUCGCGCCAACACCACCAUGCAUGUGUGCUGGCACCGCAACACCAGCGUGUCCAUGUCAGACCACAGCCUGGCUGUGGAGAACCAGUUGUCGGGGUACCUUCUGAGGAAGUUCAAGAACAGCAAUGGCUGGCAGAAACUCUGGGUGGUUUUCACCAACUUCUGCUUGUUCUUCUACAAGACGCACCAGGAUGACUUCCCGCUGGCAAGCCUGCCGCUGCUGGGCUACACGGUGAGCAUGCCGGAGGAGGCGGACGCCAUCCACAAGGAUUACGUCUUCAAGCUGCAGUUCAAGUCGCACGUCUACUUCUUUCGGGCCGAGAGCGAGUACACUUUUGAGAGGUGGAUGGAGGUGAUCAAGAGCGCGGCCAGCGCCACAGCCCGUGUAAGCCUGCUGGUCCCCGCCAAAGGAGACGGAGAAAGAGGCCUCCCUGUCGAGAUGAACGGAAGUUGACGCGGAGGAGUCCACGUCCGCAUGCCUCCUUACAUUAACCACCUUUAACGUUGAUUUCUGCGAGAAGGCUCUUUUCAAGUUUUACAGAACCAUCUUAUCAAAAAGGCUGCAGCAGGUCUCAUGUUGAAGGAGCUGAGGUGCGAAGAAGACGACGACAACGAGGAAGAAGGUUCCUGAAAGUGCACACGAAAGACUUGAGUGCGUCGGUGCUGCUAUUCGUGCUGGCGUUGAAUCAGUAUUUGUCAUUAACCAAGGCUGGUCCCUACUAAGAUGAUUGCUCUUAAAACAAUUCAUGCCGUAUUGCGUCAUCUCGUAACAAGAGAGGAAGUCUUAAGCGUCUGAUCGUGUUAGAAGGCGCUACGGUCUAGUCAUCUAUUUAUUGUGUCGUGUGGAUGCGCGCGUGCGUGCGGGAGGCUGUUUAUUGAGUCUUCCCAUUGAUUCUUUUUAAAACGUCGUCAAAUAAAAAGAUCCAUUUCAGACUA